UCAGAGAGUGUGUCAUUAGGUUCUUUUAUUGAUUGAUCAUUACUUACUCAUUUCAUCUAUGUCUUGUUCUGUCGCCCGCUCACUGAUUCGUUUCCCAUGCCUGCUGUACAAAAUAUAAGUAUUGAUCUAAACGGGGACUCUUCAUUUGGUGGAACUACGCAUGGAAUACUUCCUCCUAGCCAUUCUGACGUUCCAGUCCUCUGGUAG